AAAUAAAUAAUAGCAAAAGCUCCCAUUUAUUACUAAAUUAGUUUUUUUUUUAUGAGUACUUACUUUUUUUUAUAUAUUUGGAGGAGAGAAACAGGGUGUAAGGCAGUAAUUCAGUCUUUGAAAUAAGUAAAUGUGAUCCCGUUGAAAAGCAUCGAUAGAAACAAACAGUUUUCAGUGCUCAGGAGCAAUCCUAAGCCACCUGUGGCUCUGUCGAUGACCCCCAAUGCUGUCACUGCUGCACAACUGCAUUUUUCCAGCAGCAAGAUGUCUAAGUAUUAUGAUCACCUUCAUUUUGGUGGAAUGAUGAAGUGGCAUGCCCGGUGUCAAACGCUCAUAUCUGUUACAGUGACGAAAAAUUUCUCCAAUGGAUAUGCAAGUCAGGUGAAAGGAGGCUUGGCAUUCCAGCCACAGAAGAAGAAGGCUAAUAAACUUGAAUCUAUUGGAAACUUCAAGACAAAGCUGGGAGCACAUGGACCUCUAAUUGAUGGGCCAGACUACACAUUUCUGGAUGGCCGCCCUACUCCCCUUAGGAUUGGCCAGAUGAGAAGGGCCAGGGCUCAGCAUGAGGCAGCAACCAAGGUGGUACAGCUAAUGAGUGAAGUGCAGUUUGCCAUACAACGUGAAAAACAGUUGAAGCAAGAGCAGGAGGACACGAGGCAGCAGACCAUUGCAAGCAAACUCAUAGUUAAAGGGCACAAAAUGUUGCAGGAUCAAGAAAAAUAAGACUACAGUUCCAUUUCCAUUUGGUUCUUGCAUAAUGUAUUAUGUAAAUAGUAAGUAUACUUGUAAUGCCUUCUGUAAAAUAAAUCUAUGAAGUUGCA